GAUCAACUAAAUUCAUGUUGUCUCUGUGUUGUGAGAGUGUAGCAGGUGCUGGGACUCAAAGUCAGGACUUUGUUCAUGCUGAACACAUGCUCUAACAGGGAGCAACAUCUCUGACGCUCUUGGUUUCAUUUCAGCAGAAUAUUUUAAAUAUGGAAAAGCUGAGGCUAUGAAGAUAAAUCUUAUUAACAGAAACCCAAUGGGCCUUUAUAAAAUGCUGCAUAGAGCCAUCAUUAUAAUACAGUGUCUAUAGCAAUAUUGUACCACAAAGAAAAUUACUUGGGUGAAAGGGGUGCUAAAGUGAGGGCAGUGACCUGGAACUGAAUCAGAGUGCCCCUGUGCAUCCUUUCCAGGAGACCCUAUGCCUUCAGUUUAGGCCCUCCUGCAGUGAAGUAAAGUCAAAUGCGUCCAAGCCUCCUUUAUCUUUUUUGCCACUUUUAAACCCUAGGGCCACGAGACAUGAUUGCACAGCUUUCCCUAGGCCCCUGAAAACGGCGUAUACACUUGGAGUUGGAGGUACUCCAACCUAUUUUCAUCUAUCAGGAGAAAUACUGAUUUCAGCAAAACUACACCUGUAUAUAAGGCAUACCAAACCGGAAGUGUUUCUGGUGAGGCCAUUCCCAUGGUCCCCUGGAACACUGUUUAUAAUGCCCUCCAGCUUGUCUCACAUUAGGAAGCUUUGUGCUUCCCACUCCAUGGACAGAAUUCUUGAGUAUACAUAUACUACAGAAACAUGGCCACUGAUCUGACGAAAGUUAGGAUCUACAAGUGGGAAGGGUCUACAGGUGUGCCCUUGAGAUGAUGGGAAUGAAGUCUGAAAAGCGGUAUAGGAUGUAAGAAAAUAAACAAGUAAAAGCUGGCAGGUGCUGGGCAAGAUUUAGUGGCCAGAGCCUCUCAUGGGAGGACUAAGGCAGCAGAGGCAGAGGAGCACCAUGUAUAGGAAGCCAGCCUGCUCUGUGCAUUAAGUUUCAGGCCAGCUAGGUUUUACUAUGAGCCAUGGUCUUAAAUAAGCAGGUAAUGUGCUAAACAGUACAGAAUCAGGCCAUGGGGUUUCUUCUGCUUCCUGGAAAAAUCUUAGAGAUUCCAAACCUACCUUUGAAAAAACAGACUCAGUUUCUCUAAGUGUACGCAGACACUUAGACAGUAGUGUGUAAAUGCAGAAUGGCCCAGGCCAACAGCACGUGGAGGUCAGAAGACAUUCUUCCAUGUUGUUAGAGAAGGGGUCUUUUUGCAGUUUUUCCACUGUGUAUGUCAGGCUAGAUGACCUUUGAACAUCCGGGGAUUCUCACAUUUCCACUUCCUAUCUCCCCAUGGGGGUGCAGGAAUCCCAGCACUGUCUUUUACAUCACUUCUGGGGACUCAAACUCACUCUCAAAACCAUAGCAUUAAGCAUGGUAGUCUAGAGUAUCUAGACUACUCCUCUUCCACCCUCCUUCAUUCUGAGCACUGUGGUAGGCAUUACCUUACGACACUGGUCCAAUCAUCACCAGGCUUAUGAUCCUGGAGAAAGACCUCCAAUAGACGAACAACCAACAGCAUCAAGAACGGCGGCCAGCAGCUUCCCAGGUGAACCAUUUGGGACAUUUUAAGAUCACUAUGUCAGAACCUGGUUAGUGAUGAUAGCAUGCUGUCGUGCAAAGAUUGGGGUCAGAAGCUUGAUGUGAUGUGGAGAGCAGGUUGAGGCCCUCCCAUAAUGGACACAGUAAAGUCUCUCCUUAAAAGAGAAAAAUCUGCUCUAAGUCUAAAGACCACCAACCUGAGCCAUGAAUUGGGAGGAAAACUGAUGACACUGAAUGUCAUAUAUGGAACCCAGUAGAAUAACUCCCCAAUACUAAGAACUUACAAAUGUCAAUGGCUCUCUGCAGUUCUCAAGUGCCACUCACUCCUGAGUUCUUUUCCUUCAGACAGGGUAACUUUCCUACUCUCUCCUCUAGGAACUGCAAGUCUGCCUUGCCCUGCUGCCCUCGGGCAUCUCCCUCCCUCCUUCCUUUCCUCUUUACAGAGACUCUGCAUUUUCUCUUGGGAAAUCUGGCUCCAUACCCCAGGAGCCAUUUUAUGCUGAACAAUCGGGCUGGGGGAGAAGAGAGUGCAGGAACCAUGUCUGUGAGAAGUCAACUGAGAUUGCUGUGAAUACUACAGAUCUGAACGGAGAGCUGAGAGCUGAGGCAGGCAGUGGGGUAACUACAGGAAAUUUUCCCAGGCAUGGUGACAUCCUGGGUGGGAGGUCAGGGGACGGACGCAUCACCAGAAAGAGAGGCAGAGACAGCUUGGAUAAAGGAUGCAGCUAGUGUGAGGAGAACAUUGAUUGGGUAGGAGCCGCAGUCUUACAGAGCCCCGUAGGCUGGCUUUGAACCCUGGAUUUCAUCCAACAACCAUGAGUCAAUCAGAGCCCCAGAGAGAGAUGAGAAACAAGAAGGAAAACUCUUCUUCAAGAUUCUUUUUUUUUUUUUCACUCUAACUGAAGGAAGGUUUUCAGUAACUAAGCACAACUAAGCAGCAAUAGUUUUAUUGGAAACACAUGGAUUACAUCCAGUCCAUAUGUGAAAACCCUCUAUGCUGGUCAAGGCUCUGCUAAGAGGAGGUUACUUUGUGCAAUCCUAAGCCAACUGCCAAGUCUCUGCCUAAACUUCCUAGACUGCAAGAAGUCUUCGAUAAAAGCCUUUUUGUCAUCUGACAAAUGCAUUGGUUGCUACUGCUUUCCUUGGUAAAGUGUCCAGUUCCUAGGACAGCACAACCAACGAUGACUUAAACUUGACACUAUGUGAGCAGACUCUUUGAAGUACAUCAAACAAGUAAUUUCUAAUUAAGGGAAGGGAAUAAUUUCUAAAUAAGAUCGCAGCAGUUGUGUAUGGACAAAAAUCAAAGCCUAGUCUUGGAAGAAGAAAGUGGAAAGAGCUCAUAAAGGACUAGCUCAACCUGAUUUCUUCGAUGGGCAUCAGCAACACAAAAUAAAAGGGGAGAGCUUCUAAGCCUCAGAGAAAAGUCAUCCACAGGGUGGGGUAGGGGAAUGCAAGUGACCCCACUAGGUCAUGAUUUUCUGUUUAAACACUGCUUACUGACAGCUGGCCACACUAACAUCAACACUGCUGUGUGGGUAUUACCUCUCUAGAUUCUUUCCACAGCCUCAUGGGAUACAGAGAUUUUUCUGCCAGUUCACUGAUGCAUAGAGAACUUCCCCAGUGACUCUGCAGAGAAGCGGGGGACGGAGUGUUGGCGCCUAGCAAGUCCAACCCUUAACCUCUGUGCUGUAUUAAUCCCUAAGAAAUGAGUCCUUGCUCACAGGGUAUGUUAAAUCACGUUGCUCUUGGAUUCUUUCUUUCAAACACCAUUAAAGGAAACAUUAAAAGUUCCACUUAAUUGUUCUAAGAAACAGAUCUAAGGAAAUCCAACUAAUGAUGACACUUUUAAGGCUCUGAUAGUUGGCAAAGUUGAUAGGACCCACACUGCCGUCAAGCUUGAGAGUGAAGACCAGAAUAACUUCGCAAAUGAAUGCUAUUUAUAAACAGUGGACAUUUUGUCAGCCCUUGUUAGGAUAAUGAACUGUGAGUGCCACAUUUGUUUACUUCCUGCUGGUUCAAGAUGCUUAUAAAUUUUCAGCCCUACAAAUGUAGUGUCAUAAGUUUAAACUCAAGCAGAUGCCCAGAAUUUUAGGGCAAGUUGAAAGGAUUCCAAUCCUUUCAUUGUUUGGGAAGUUCCACAUGCUCAUCACACAUUGGAAUGAGCACGACUCCAGGUGACUCAUUACAGGGCACUGAGCUGUCUCUCUAGAGGCCCAGGACCUGCUGCUGGUCUACUUACACCUACUCCUACCAUGCAAAACUACUGGCUUCCUCGUUGAUCAUGCUGACACUCACACCGGGCUUCCCCUUCCCACACCACCCACCAGUCAUCUGCUCCAAUGAUGCCCUGGGAAUGAGGACAAAUAGUGACAGUAGAUGUUGAGUGUGAGUAACUUAGUUUAUUACAGCAAGAAUGACACUUCAAAGAAAAAUAGUCAUUUUACAAGAUAAAAAAGGAAGUUAUUACUUUUGAAGCAUUAAGCCUUAAUGUUCCUACUGGUCCAUAUGAGUGCUUCGGAAGAUGUCACUAAAAACAGGCUCUUAAAAAGAUGCUAGACCUCGGGUCAAAGGAAAUGAACACUGAUAAUAAGACUGUGAUGUUUUCUCACAGCAUAGACCUCGGGUCAAAGGAAAUGAACAGUGGUAAUAAGCUUAUAACGUUUUCUCAUGGCAUCAGUCAAGCAAUUUCCUCAGGCUUCUUUCUCCACUUUCAAAGAAAGCCUGAACUAUUCAUACCUAGCAACAGACUUGUGACCUGACACCCGCCCAGGACCUUCCCAGGCCAACUCAUUCAGGGAAGUGAGCUGCAGUCUGUACUUGACUGACGAAAGGCAAAGUGUUAUGAACACACCUGCAUACACACACACACACACACACACACACACACACACACACACACUCUCUUUACAGAGCUUAUAAGUCUCAUUUAUAUAAUAUAAUGAAUGUGUUUAUCACACAGCAAUACUGGGAUUUGUUUCCAAAACAUCAGAAUCAAGACCUAAGAUUUAGAGAAAGCAAAGCUCAGAGGAGACCCACGGUCAGAUGUGCCACAGAAGAGAAGGAAAUCAAAAGGCAAGGGUAGGGGGUUGGGGAUUUAGCUCAGUGGUAGGGCGCUUGCCUAGCAAGCACAAGGCCCUGGGUUCGGUCCCCAGCUCCGAAAAAAAAAAAAAAAAAAAAGACAAGGGUGCAGUAAGAACAUGGUGGUAACCACUGUAGACCCAGAUAUCAUUGUGGAAAUGUCAUGGACUCUUCAAGUAGUAGAUGAAAGAAUUCAACUGAGUAUUUAUACUUUAAACAUUUUCAGCAAAGUGGUUCCCAGUAUAUGUCAACACUAUAUUACACCAGCACUCACUAUAUAAGUCAAGUCAUCCCAGAACUGCCUUCAUCUAGGCAUCAAACACUGGGCUUUCAAAAUAUUUUAGUUUCCAUGGAUCCUAUUCCAACUCUCCAGUCUACUCAUCCUGGUGUGAGUAUGUCCCCUGGUCUGCCCAAGACACCAGCGCACUUCUGUGGUUUCACACUCCCAAGUAUCCUGUUAUAAACUCUACUUUUUCUCUUGGUUAGGCCGUGGAUGAAGGAAUGUUUUAUUUCACUUCAAUCCAUAUAGCACAUCAGAAAAGUCCGCCUUAAAUCUCAUAGGCACAAAGGAAAGCUAAGCUUGGUUCAAAGGGAGCUUCUGCUUCCAACAGAAAGUCAGAUGCUACACUCACAGUCACUUAAGUCCACAGCAGGCAAACAGGCACAGGCAAGAGUGGAAAUAACACUGUGCUAUGUGAAUCUCAGCCCAUUUACUAAUGCUCCUUCUUUGUAUAUUUAAAAUGUCAAUUGCUAAAUGCUCUUGAAAGCAUUUUAAUAGAUGUAUUUAAUACUGGUAACAAAACUACACAAUAAUCAUAUGCACGAAUAUGUGAGGUGCACAUGUGCAUCACUUAAGAACAACCAAAAGCAGACAAGUAGCACAGAAAUAAUUUUUUAAAAAAGUCAAGAUUCUAGUGGUUGCAUUCAUUGACCCUAUGUCUGUCCAGCUUACAUAUGCACACACAGAGCUGACCCAGUGGCUUCUCUCCAAGCACAAGCCCAUCUCAGACAUGCUUGAAUAACGUCACAAUGUCAAUAUAAAGCUACUGCUUCAAUGCAAAGAAAACAGCAGACAGUUUCUAAUCAAGUAUGAAUCCCCAUGACCCAGGGACACUGAGUCCAGUUGUUCUGAAUUAUAUGUCAAACAUGGCAGCAGACUCAUGAAGUACUUUUUUAGUUAAAGAAUAAAGAAAGUCGUAAAUCAAGACAUUUAAUCAAACAUAUGAAAACACCAGGCAGGCAGGUGACAGAAAGGAGGGAAUCCUCUGUAUUUAGGGCUCAGAUACCACCUGAUGUCAUCCUUAGCCUUGGUUGGUGGAGUCAGUGGUCUGUAAAUACACCCCGAAAGUUUACACCCAAUAGUCACAAUGAUGUUAGUCAAACACAGGGGGACUCAAGACAGUCCAAGAUAAACUGUCAUUAGGUUCUAUGCCUGCAACAUUCCAACCUCCCCACAGUCACUGAAGUGCUAUUGAGUCCGGAGGUUCUGCUGACAUGUGACUCUUUCCAGGAACUUCUGAACACACUAUAGGCACGAAUCCCAAAUAUCACCCAAGAGUUAGGAGAUCUGUGUUCAAAAACAUCACUCCAUGUCACAUGACCAUGGCCCAGCAUCCAUGGUUAUUCAGCUUUAAGUAUUCAGACCUACAAAAGCCUCUCACCAUACAAACAUCUGGGGCUGCACAGUCAGGGAACAACUGUAGAGAGGGGAAACUCCAAUCUCUUACUCACAGGACAAAGCAGAGCCCUGAAGACCCAACAACACACCAGUCAUGAGGAAAAGGUUUCCCAAAGCAGAAGGAGAAAAAAAAGGCUUUAUCUAAAUGUCUGUUCUACUGGAGUUGUGCAAAUUCUGAAGAAGCAAUCUAAUACUCUCCUCUUCUGUACCAUCUCAAUUUCUAAAUGUUAAUUCAGUGCCUUUUGGAUUUCAAAGACCUCUGUGAGGCCAUGGCUGGGAAGCACAUGCUGGUCUCAUUCUAAAACAAUGGUAUUUUCAGAACAACCCAGCUUGAAACUAUUUUGCAUAGCCUCAGAGAAUCACAGUAAUACUUGGGGCAGCAACCACAGCCUUCUCAACCAAAGGUCCAUUUACUUCAUUUAUAUGGGCCUUCUGUCGAAGACUACAACUUUAAAGAGGAUGAGAGUGUCUGCUCAAAACAAACGUUUACAAGCACACACGUAGACACAUGUGUACCCACUCAUACAGUGUCUUAUAACAUGUCUAGAACAGGGGAAUCUUGAUGCACACUUUAGAGUGCUACAGAAAAUGGUAGAGGAAAUGAAAAACUAGAGAAGAAAAAAAGAUCCUGAACUCUUCAUCACAAUGAAAGCGUAGCAGAGCUUUGAACACCUCUACCACAUCCCACUGUCUGUAUCCAUCCACCCACUCUGAGCAUCCAGUCCCCGAAGCACUAUGACAGUAACAAGCUGAGGGUCUAGAAAACUCUUAUGACCGCAACCUUGCUCAUAUCUUGCUUGGAGAUCUUUAUGAUUCAUCUCAUGGUGGCUUUAAGCAGUUCUGUGCCUCUUAAUUCAGAAGGAGCAAGUCACAUAAAGUAGCCUAUAAAUACACCAAAGCAACCCAAGGACAAAGAGUGAAAUGAUGGGAUGCCCAGGUUGUGCCUUUCCUAUCUAGGCACAUCAAAAACAGAGCUUCAUGGGCCAGCGAGAUGGCUCAGAGGGUAAAGCCAUUGCUAAAUAAGCCUGAUGACUUGAUUCGAUCCCCAGAACUCAGGGAAAGGUAGAAGGAAAACCUAACUCCACAAAGUUGUUCUCUGACCUCCACAUGCACACUGGGACACACGCGCGCGCACACACACACACACACACACACACACACACAAAGAGAGAGAGACAGGAGAGGGAGAAAUAGAUACUAUUUAAAACAAUAGAACUUCAUAUCAGAAAAAUUGAAACUUAAUCCAGUGUGUGUGUGUGUGUGUGUGUGUGUGUGUGUGUGUGUGUGUGUGUGUGUGUGUGUACACAUAUAGACUUAAAGGGAAUGAGAGGAAGGUAGUGAACAGCCCCGUAAACAGAAGGUAGCCUAAGCACUGCCCUGAAAAGCACUGUGUUAAGCCAUGAACAUUAGAUUUAAUUGCCAUUUCAAAGCCAUGCUUUCUUGAGACAAUCGUUCAUUACCCCUUAGAAAUGCUAGGUGACCCCACAACACAUCUCCCUUUCAUCAUUUCUUCACAUGGUAACCUAUAUUGAUGAGGGCAACAAAUAUUUGUUCUUCUACAUGCCCAGCACUCACAAUGUUUCUCACAAUGAUGUCCUGAAGUGCCUCCCAUCACUACUUUUGUAUAAGGGAUAAUCUAUAAAGAACAGAAACACAUCGGGCUUAAGUAAUGCUCCCACGUACGUACCACACUGUGUGAGCAAGAGAGCUUUCUAAGUAAAAUAAACUUAUUCUAGAGUCUGUGCUCCUAACCACACAAACAUAUUUCCUCUCAGAUCACUAAGACUACAGGUCAACAAAUGCUUCAACUGCCUUAAAAAAAUCAAUAUGCAAGAACAAGAUCCUGUGAGUGUUUAAACUGCAGGAAGUCAACUGGCAAGAGUGCAAGGGAGAUUACACUGAAGCUGAAAAUUAAGUGCAACAGAGAAAGAGGAGAUACACACUUCCCAGGCCACCUCUCUUAGCAACCACUCCAAAGGGUUCUGAGCAAACAAAUGAAAAAUGUGAGCAUCUCCAGUGCCCACUUUUCUCACAGGACACUGACUCCUGUCGUUGGAAGAGCCCAUGCUUUGGGCUUCCUCUUUAUUUUCUUCUGCUGUCUCCAACAGAAGUGCAAGCACCACCCUAAGCCCUCCCAAGCCACGAAGACUUUGUACGUGGACCCAGUAAGUGAUACCUGAUUUAAGUGAAAAGUUUUGUAAAAUCAAGUAUCAUUUCCUCCCGUGGUCCAUGGGGGAGAAAGCUGUCUGCGGGGUUUCCAGUUUCCAGCACUGUGCAGAUACUACAGUCCCACACAUUUCUCCAAAGGAACAAAAUUAUGUCAGAAAAACUGUAACAGCCCAUAGAGUCAUCAAGAGCACUUGCUUUUGCAGACCACCUAUUUCAGCUAGACAUUUUAGUAAGAGACAAGAGACCAUGCGUCCUGUGAAUGUUCCAGCAACCAUAAGGAGAGAAGCAGCACCGUUUAACAUAUAAGGAAAGAGAUUUAGAGAAAACACACAAAAAGCACAAGUCUUCUCUAACUCGGGACUUGGCGCAACCUUUGAAUCCAAAUGGGAUGUCAGCAGCAGACAAGUUACACACAGGAAGGGAAGGAUUAAAAAGCACUCACACAGAUGUGGAAGACUUUACAAAGCCACAGUGAUGACAAAUGGCUAAAAGCAAAAUGUCUAAGACCAGACAACUAAAAGGUUUCUGCAGUAAAAUAGAGAAAAUGAUUUACUACAAGGAUUUGUCAACAGAAGUUUCUGUUGAGAUGUAACACUAAGAAGACUCGAUAUAAUGGUGUGUGUGUGUGUGUGUGUGUGUGUGUGUGUGUGUGUGUGUGUCGGUCUGUCUGUCUGUCUGUCUGUGAGUAUAUUAAAAUAUAAGAGCUAAUAUUUUACAUACAUGCUAAGUAUCUUAUCUUUGGACUAGAAGUGCUUUUUAAACUUUAGGUAUUUCAGGUUUUAUAAUAUUUAUAUAUAUAUAUAUAAUGAGAAACUCAGAAAUGUAACUAAUUCCAAAUCCAAAAUUAAGUUUCAUACACGACCCAUGUGACCUGGAGGCAGUUUUCCACAGUACAUUUAGUGAAGCAGUGUCUGGGCUGGGACUUAUCAUGGGAGGAUGUCAUCCCAUGAAAUCAUUCGUUGUGUCUUGUCACAAAGUUUUCUUUAUUUUGGAACAUGUACAAUUUCAAAUACCCUCAAAUAUACUCUAAACUGUCCUAGAUUUAUACACCUUCACUCAAUUGAAUGGGAAGUGGCCACCCGGAAGAGGGAGGGGACAACAUCUCAUAUGCAGUGGACAGGACUUACCUGGUCACUGGAGGUGACUGGGAAACAGCAAUGCUUAGGAAUCAGGGGGAGAGGCUCGGCCAUAGAUAACAGUCACCCUGCCUAGGCAGUGCACACAAGGGAUGCCAGUUUCUCUGAAAAUAGUGGGUGUGACUGUCUAGAGUAUCAGAGAGUGAAGAAGAUGAGUGCUUUUCUUCCUCAUCAAAAGGUCAACAUAAACCACACUGAGCCUCAAACGGUACCUGUGUAGCUAAUACGUUAGCUAGGCUGCUAGCGAGAAGUGAAACAGGUAGCUAUCAAGGAUGGAGAAGAGUUACUUGGCCUCUUAAAGAAUCUUAAUGUGUGGCAUGGAUCGACAUUUUAAAAUUUAUUAAAAGAAGGCAAAAGGGAAUUAGGAUCAAAAUGUCUUCUGCUGGGAAAAGUGUGAUGUCAUCAGUGGUUAAAUGCCAGUUACUUCCUCGCACCUGAGAGACUUCCUCUUUUCAGCUAGAGUCUUGGGGCCCCAUGUCUACAGAUUAACAAGCGAAGGACAGGGAGCCAAGGUCAGGGAGCCAAUCUGAACAGCCUGUGAGUACUGCCCCUCCUCCUAGCCAGACUGGCCAAAUAACUUCAUGAAGCAGAUUGAGAAGGUGCCAGCAGAAGAUCUACCUUUCCUCUAGGGACCACCAUUAUCAUCUGAGACACAAGAACCAGUGGGCGGCUCUAUUAGAAUAUAAGGGUAAGCCACCCUUCUCUCCCCGAUUCUUAGUAGGAAGAUAAGAGAAUGCUCUAUAAAGCGAAAAAGCAGAGCUGGGUUUUAAGGAUACAGAAGACUUCAACAGGCAAGGAACAGACCUUUUCCAGGUGAAGGUAUGAGACCAGAAGACACAGGAUGCACGGUGUGACUGAAAAUGACGUAUGGCCCAACCCUCAUUAAAAUGUGGGUGUGGCUGCUCUACUCUGUUUUGGGGGUGAAAAGGGAAUCUACCAGGAUAGGAGUUAGUGGGGUGAUGACUAAAUAUAAAAUACAGAUUGGACCAAGUCAGACACAGUAAGAAGAGGUGUACCUCAAAUUAGUACGUAGAAAUGAACUCUCUAGCAGGCAGGUCCAACCUGUCACCUCCAGGCUGCAUGCAUCUCAUGUCCAUUACUUGUUGGUGCCUCGUCAAAUGGUAAUGUCCAAGGCUGGAGAUUCCCCAUGUCUCCUCAUGUAAGCCAGCCAAUUUUAUUUGACACCACGUCUUCAAUCCCAGACGAUGGCAUUACCUCACUGGACAUAGCUCAUGUCCUGUCCCUGGUCAGUGCAAUUCCUUAGAUAUGGAGCUCUGAACUUUAAUAAAGUUCAAAUAAAUAGAUAAAUUCCGCUCUCACGCCCUAUCAGUUCUCCUUUCAGUUUACAAAAUAUAAAACAAUUAUGGACAGAAUUCUCAAUGCCCACUUUCCUCCAGGCAUGUUCAUGGGUGGCUGGCUUCUCUGCAAUGCUUCUCUAUGCUAAUCCAAUAAAAGUGAACCAGGUUGGAGCCACUCACACCCCAAGCUCCUUGUCUUAAUAAAUAUACAUGCAUCUUACUCAAGGAUUUCUAGCUGUCUAGGCACAUUCUGGUAGUUAGUGGGUUUCAGGCGAACAAGGCUACUGCUGCAUACCACGCAAGUAUUUUUUUUUUACGCUUUGUUUUAUGCCGUAGGUCACCAGACUUCGGAAACAUGUGAGCAUAUGCCACCUCACUGUGGCUUUCACAAAUACAUAUUACAGUAAUGUGAAAGAGAAACAAAUAUGCAGAAGUGUCACUUACAAAAUGUGCAUACGAGUAACAUGGAAAAGAAAAUGAAAACUAAUGUGUCUCACGGUUUAUAUUCUUUUAAUUCCAUGCAUUAAAAAAAAAAUGGUAACCAGCAGAGAUCAAAGACUCAGGGACAGACUUGCCUGCUCUCACAGCUCAAGAUCUAGGCAGGAGAAAGCAAGAAACAACAGCUGUGGUCCAGAGCUGUGGUAACACCCAAGACCCCUGAAGUAGCUAUUAUCAGAAGAUAGUUAGGAAAUGUUAGCUGGCCAGCUAGGUGGAAGCAGAAAUAAGCAGCCUUUCCUUGCUGUUGCUGUAAAGACAGAGUUACCCUGUAUGUGGAAGUAAGAGACAGGGAAACUACUUCCAGACUGGGUCCAAGAUAAACUGAAGGCGGGCUUACUGGAGUCCUGGCAUUAUCUCAGUGUUAUUUAAAGGAUGAACUUUGUAUCAAUGCUCUUUUGUUUGUUUGCCCAGGAUGAGACUAAGCCCUUAACUUUUAAGGUGAUAUACUGAGAAGGAUAUAAGUCCCACUUAGGAAUUGCUCAUUUAUAGAAUUUCCCAUUUAGUAUUUAAAACCAUGACUAAGGGGAGAUCACUGUGCAUGAAAGCACUUAAAUCCAGAUCAUUAGUGGUCGUAUACCCUUUCACAGUCUCGGGAUACACAGGAGUCAAAAGGAAAUGAUGGCCACGCAUCUUUAGAAAGCACAAAAGUCUCUACAGGGAGCGUGUGCAUGAUGCAAAGUUAUCCAGCCUAAAAAGAAAUGUGAUUCUGCUACAUGCUUUAGCAUGUUAUGAACCAAACUCAUAAUAUACUAAGUGAAAUAAGGCAACCAUGAGAGGGCUGAGUGAUUCCACGUGUCUAAAGUACCUGCUGAAGUCAGAUCCUCGUGGAUAGAAGCAGAGUGGCAGUUUCCAGAGACUGAGAGACCGUUUUGUAAUUUUGACAGAGUUUCAGUUUUGAAAGAUGAACAGAUCAUUUCUGAGAACGAUGGUGGUAAUGGUGACAAUGAAGUAAAACAGAUGUCACUGAACCAUCCCUUAGAAGUGGUCAAGAGACUGAGUGUGGUGGCUUAAACCUGUAAUCCCAGCACUGGAGAGGCUGAGGUAGAAGCAUCAGGCAUUCAGGCUCAGCUCUGAAAGAUACUAUUUAAAAACCCAGAGGCCAGGCGUGGGGCACACCUCUAACUUCAUCCAGGAGUGCAAAGACACAAGGAGGGCAAGCACCGAGCUGCUGAGCGCGCUGAGGAAGCCCAGGUGGGCCUGAUAGCCCCAGAACAAAACAGGUCAAGAUGGAAUAUCUGUGUGCACUUUCACAAUUAAAGCAAACAAAUGCUGCCUAACAGUAUCCUUUUCAAAUAACCGGUAGGCUGAGCAACAGGCAAUGCGGAUAGACUUGUGCAGUUUCCAAGAAGUCGCCCAGGAAAAUAGAUUUUACAAGGUAGAGGGGAAGCACACAGGAACCAUUUUCUAAUGCAUCUGCAAAGGGUGUGAAAAGAACAGUUUGAUGGUUGCUUAGGAGAUACCAGGGAGUUUGAGGAACUUUUACUUUUGCCUCUGUAAGUCAGAGAGACGGGCAGGAGGGGGAAAUGAUGAGAGAGGGGGAGGGGGGGGAUGAGGCAGGUCCAAUGCUGGUUGGAAGCCUUCAAAGUCAGCCUGAGCACAUUGGUUGAGAGAUAGGGUGGUACUGUGUUAAUCCAGAGAACAACUGGAGAGCAAAAAACCAUGGCAACCAUUUAUUAAAUACUCAGAAACGGGUCCUUCAGCAAACCAGGAUGGAAAUACGGCUGCCCAAACUCCAACUGGAGUUGUACUGAUGGACUGGAGAAAGGUCGGAAGUUCCUUGCCUGUUGAAGUCUUCUCUAUCCCUAGAACCCAGUUCUGCUUCUUCGCUAUAGAGGUCAAGGCAUCCGAGUCCCAGAAGGGGAGACUGGCAUCCUUUUAACCACUCUCUGCUCAUCCGUUGCUACACUGCCAGUACAGGGCAAGGAUCCUGUGGACACCCACAAGUACAGCCCUCCCAUGACAGGAAAAGCAAGCACACAGUGUGCUUUAUUCUCGGAGAAAUGUUCAGUUUUCCAGAAAAAAAGAAACAACAAUAACAAAACAAAUGAACAAACAAAAAACGUUAGCUAGUUAAAACCAUGUGAAUCAAAACUUUAAAAUCUGUCCAAGCAGAGAAAACUGUAGCUAUUAUCACUACAGCUUCACACAAAAGGUCAUGGCUAGGCUUGGGAAAGACCCACCCUCCUGAGGGCUGGGUUCCUUUCCCUCUCCACACAUCCUUUCAUGCCGUUUACCCUUAGGUACCCUUAGGUUGGGCCUUGACAAUCUGUAACUCUUAGCAAAUCUACAUCAGCUCCAACUUAUAUAAGCACAACUUAGAGCCGGCCUCCAAAAGCUGCUGGAAAUCUGAAGUGCUCGAUGCUCAGGCGUUUGGCGAGCCGUCAACAUUUCAGAGGGUACUUCAAAUGUUUUGGUUUGAGACCUAAAAGAGUAUUUCCCGCUUGUCAACAUGCACAGCCCAGGCAAAAAAGCCAAGUACAUUUCCCUCAGCACCGGUCAGAUGUUAUAUUCAGGCACUGAACCAAUCUCACCUAGAGGGGCUGUGGAGAGAGGAAGGAUCGGUAAGUGGGAAAAUUCCAUCCAGUUCAGGGUAUGGUAAAAGACAAUCUGUAAUUCCCAAAGUAGGAGGGCUUUCUGCACUUUCUGCACUCUCCAAGAGUGUUCUUAUGGGAGGAAUGGAGCACUGGGUUUAGAGGUGAGACUGGACUUUUCCCACAUUCAACAAGGUAGUGGAGCGUGAUUUCCUUCUGGGGCUCGUGCACUAGGAAUUGAGAAUUUCCCUUUUAAGCAGGCUGUGCAGGACGGCAACAUGGGUUAGCAGAGAUGGGGUUAAACGGAGUUAUCUGAUACUGUAAAGUGGACAAGUGCAGCUGGGUUAUGACGCAAUCCUCAGAGCAAAGGCAGUCCAAUAACUAAAAUGCUCAGGAAAGAAAACAAAUGCAGAGCAUGAAGGCCACAACCCCACCGGGACUAACGCCAGACGUGAAGGACUUCAUGUGAGGAAGUCCUCGUAUUCUUCUCCGAAACACUAAUGCCUAGGCUACUGAGGUGGGCGUACUGGUAAGUCACAUUUUAAUUUCAAAAGAAAGAAACAGGAAUUAAAUUAGCUUGAUAGUGCUGUGUCUUCGGGCUUAAAUUUUCAUUUCCUUGAUUCUUAAGUUCCGAUUUCUUCCUCUAAGACUUGGCAAACAUGAAGAGUGGUUUUAGUUUCAUGACCAUCGAGGUUAUGCUUUUACAGUUCAAUCUAUAGUUUACUUUUCCAUAAAUUGUAAAGUAACUUAGAUGCAGCCUGACUAAUAUUUUUUCUAACAUAAAAUAUGCUUACAGUAAACUUUAGUUUAUUUAUUCAGCUACCUAAAGAUGGAUAGUUUUUUUUUUUUUUUAAAAAGCCCCAUUUGAUGGGAAAAUUGUAAACUUGCAACUAUAUGGAGAGAUGUCGAGACUUGACCACAGCAUGCCCUCAUGCUGAAGAAAGUUUAAACGUAGUAAAUUCAGCAUUUACUCUCUCCUGACAACUUUAGAAUAUUAGCUAGCCACAAGAAAUUAUCAUGGGGGGUAUAAAAAUACCUGUAAUUUGAUCAUUCUUUCCAAUAACAAAGGGGAGACCUUUCUCUUCCUUUAGCUCCUAUCAUGUGGACAAGAGCAAAGGGACACCUUGACACUGUGUAUGAUUUUAUAUGACAGGGAGGAUUUCUAGUCAACAGUCCCAUGCUCUGAGCUCGUCGGUCUUUGCCCUCCAACUUUAAGACUUCACACAUAUGCUAUUAGAUCACCGGAUGUUCCAAACAGCCAGGUGACACUGGGAAACCCUCUUUAUGUCUCUGUCUUACCAAUCUGAAAAGGAGGUUAGCAAGUUUCAGGGACAAGGUGAUUUGUCUAAUUAAAGGGCAGAGGAGCCAACCAUCUGGUUCCAAAUCUACUUCCUUGUCUCUAGCAUACAAUGAUUCUGUCUAAUAAAAAUUGUAAUUUAUGCAUAAGUAGAAGAGAAAUGCAAGACUGUGCAGAACUGGUUAGCCCUUUAUAGCUGGAUGUUUACAUAACAAGGGGCAGUAAUCGCAUUAUAUAAAAUAGUCAAUAUUAUUGGAGUAAUAGAAAAGGGGAAGCAAGCUUUGAAGAUAAACAGCUAAAUCUUGAUAUACCGAGAUGCUGAAUAACAUUAUUUGUUUGGGUUUUUAACUUUUUAACUGGUUUCACCACUGUCCUAGCACCUAUUUAAAAAAAAUAUCUACAAUAAAAAACAAAAAACAAAAAACAACUAAGGUUUAUGUAUCUGGCCCAUAGCAGCUGUUCAAUAAAAAUUUAAUUCCUUUCCCAUCCUCUGCACUAAUAAGUCAGUGAGAGGUAGUACCGCCAAGGGCAAAAUCAACACAAAAUCAUUCAAGCUGUAAUCCAAAACUGAGAGAGUUACAAAGUCAUUUGUGAAACUGAGGAGAAAGGAAACCUUUUGUACCAACUUCUGUUAACUGCUACAGAUAACUGAACAGUGUAUCAAAGACCAGGUAACAAACAGCUCCCAACCAGACCCACCCAGUGCAGCCUGCCCUGUGUAACCUGCAUGCACGCAAUCCAGCCAUUCCUUACCAUCCUGUUAGACGUGUGUGUGUGUGUGUGUGUGUGUGUGUGUGUGUGUGUGUGUGUGUGUGUGUGUGUGUGAAGUAAUUAAACCACUUUGCAUGUGGUUUAAUUACUUCAUCAGUCUAAUGUUCCUUUUUAGUAUUUCUAUUGCUCAGUAUACACUGAUUAGAAGCUAAAAUAUUAAGACUAACAAACUAAACAGAAUCUUAAAUUCUUUUAUUAGAAAACACGGUUAAAUAUACUUUAGCCAGUGUGUUCAAACUUUUUUCCUUAGGAUCACUUUUCGCUCUUAAAGAUCGUGGCAGACUCUUAAAGAGCUUCUGACUCUUAAAGAGCUUCUGUUCAUAUACCUCUCUGCGCUACUAUUUGGUAAACUAAAGUUGUGAAAAACUCUAAGAUAUUAAUUUUAAUGCAAUUUAAAAGAGCUUGAAAUAUUAACCUAAAUAGCAUGAGUUCAAAAGGAGUUUAUAUAGGUAAGAGGCAUUCUGCUGUAUUUUUGCACACCUGUUUAAUAAUGGUCCAUAAAAGGCAGGCAGUUCUUAGAGCCAUGGACCAAUAUACGCUGUUACAGAAUGAUGUCUUGGCUAAAGAAUGGCAAAGAUCUAAUCCCAUGCAGAUAAGCAGAUGAGAGUAGCAUGCCAUGGUGCAUCAAGCUACAUUAAGACUAGGCACCUCUGGGGUUGGGGAUUUAGCUCAGUGGUAGAGUGUUUGCCUAGCAAGCGCAAGGCCCUGGGUUCGGUCCCCAGCUCCGGAAAAAAAAAAAAAAAAAGACUAGGCACCUCCUCUCCUACUGAGGCUAGACAGUGAAGCCCAGUGGUGCCUGCAGGAGAGUUGGGAAGGGAAGAAGACCCAGCCCACUGUCAUACAGAGACCACAGCCACAUUAGGUGGAGCUUGGGGAAUUCUGCAGAAGAAGGGAAGAAGUAUUGUAGGAACCAGCUGGGUCAAGGACAUUACAGCCUCAACUAAGCUAGGCUCACAGGAGCUCACAGAGCCUGAACUAACAACCAGGAGUGGUUUCUUACAGGUCAGCUAUACGGUGUUGAAGUCCCACCUACAAUUUACGUUCUGUUACACGGAAUGCCUUCUGCCUUAAUAUUUAAAUAGAUCUCUUACUCAUAUUUAAUAGGCUAAUUAUUUGGAGAAUAUACAUUCACAUAGAACUUUCUAAGCCUAAGUGUUCAUUUUACCACGUUAGAAGCAGGGUUCAUCGUGUUACUGGUAUCCUGUCUCAGUAUCAGGAAGUGGCAACUCGUGACGUUAAAUUAUAGUUUUCUAUAAUUCUGUUCUCUGAAAGAAACUAACUAAAGGAACUGGUAAAGCACACAGCCCGGAUGAAUAAAUUAUAGCCACAGUUACACAACGAUCAUGUGUAGGAAUAGAGAUGUGAACCCUUACGUCAACACUCAGAAGAAAUUCAGAGUGCUAUUAUUAAAUUUGAAACUUAGUGAGCAUUUAGAUUUCAACUUAGUCUUCCCAGUAAAGUUUAUGUACACAUUCAAAAAAAAAAAGCCUCAAACACACUGAAAUCUCAAGCACUUCUGGUCCCAAGGAUUUGGGGCAAGAAGGAUUCAAACUGUACAUAUAAAAUAAGAUCUUACCUAUUUACCCAUAUGCAUGUGUCAAAAUGAUACAACAAUCACAAAAGUUACAGCAUGGGGACACUCUGAAUCACAGCACUGGCUUUUUGUGUUGUUAUGAUUGAAGGAGAUAAACAUUAAUAACAAAGUAAAUUUUUUAAACGUCAUCCAGGCUUGGCCGCUGGGAUGAGAAUGUAUACUAAACCAUGAGCCACAAUUAUUCCAGUCUUGUGACCAAAGAUGUCUACAUAAUUUGUCUUGCUUACAAUGUGACAAUUUACAAAAGAAAACAUUUUAAAACUCUGCAGAUUUUGACCGCCCUCAUCGUUUGAGAGUUAAGUGCUUAACUUGCCCAGAGCUGUGCGCACAAAUUCAUCCAAAAGUCAGUGAACCCUGAGCUGCUGUCAACGCAACUCUGAGCCUUCCUAAAGCAGAAGGCAGCAGUUAACCCUGUACUCAGGGGGCUCACCCUCAGGAUGAUGGUGUACAUACAGAAUCCGGAGAGGUUGGAAGUAUUAUUUAAUUUUAAGGAUGUGUUUAUCUUAUGUGUAUAAAUGUUUUGCUUGCAUGCAUGUAUGUGCACCUUCUGUGUGCCAGUACCCUCUGAAAGCAGAAGAAAGAGUUGGAUUCCCUGGAAUGGGAACUUAUUAAUGGCUGUGAGCUACCAUGUGGGUGCUGGGAAUAAAGCCCAGGUAUCUGCAAGAACUAUAAACCAUUCUUCAGCCUCGUUACUUUAAAUAAUUAUGAGAGGGAACCAAUGGGAGGAGAAGCCCUUGGUCCUGCCAAGGCUGGACCCCCCCAGUGUAGGGGAACGUCAGGGCAGGGAGGUGGGAAGGGGUGGGUGGAUGGGUGGGGAAACACCCUCAUACAAGAAGGGGGAUGAGGGAUGGGAUGGGACUUUAUGGACAGGAAACUGAGAAAAGGGGAUAACCUUUGAAAUGUAGAUAAAAAAAAUCUAAGAAAAAGAAAAAAAGAAAAUACCCCCAGUGAGGUGCCAAAGGGCACAAGUAGGGGUGCGCCUGCUGCAGCCUUCACAGAGAAACAGCUCCUGAGAAGGUACCAUUAGGCCUGAGAUCAGCAGGUCUGAGGCAAAAGUAAAACGGAGACACAAUCCCAGACAGACUUCGGGGCUCCAAUUGCCUUUGCCCUGGUGAAUUUCUGCUCUUUUAGAGUUCAUUCUUGCUAGACUGACAGUAUGGAGGCCCAGUCAACCAGUUAUUUCUGUUACUCCCUUGUAGUGUCUGACAAAGUCAGGAGGUCAUUCUUUCAAGGCCCUACCCAUGGCCCGUCAAUUCACGGAGACCCAAAACCUUCGAGACUGUGAGACGGACUGAAACCAUUCAUCUGCUCCGUCCAGCCUGGCACAAAAGGACAGAGCCUUCAGAAGCAUCUGGAAUUCUCUCUUCCGCACCCUGGGUUCUGUGGAUGAAACUUGCCUCUGAGAAUCCUGAACAUGGAGAAAUAGAGAUAAAUACCCCAGAAGAGGGGGAAUCUUUGUCUCCAGAAGUGAGAAGAUGGACAACACAACAACCACAGAACCUCCAAAGCAGCCCUGCACCCGGAACACCCUGAUCACACAGCAGAUCAUCCCCAUGUUGUACUGUGUGGUCUUCAUCACAGGGGUCCUCCUCAACGGAAUAUCGGGAUGGAUAUUCUUUUACGUGCCCAGCUCUAAGAGUUUUAUCAUCUAUCUCAAGAACAUAGUUGUGGCUGACUUUCUCAUGGGCCUCACUUUCCCUUUCAAAGUCCUCAGCGACUCAGGCCUCGGUCCCUGGCAGCUGAAUGUGUUUGUAUGCAGGGUGUCUGCCGUGAUCUUCUACGUCAACAUGUACGUCAGCAUCGCGUUCUUCGGGCUCAUCAGCUUUGACAGGUACUAUAAAAUCGUGAAGCCCCUUCUGGUGUCUAUCGUCCAGUCAGUGAACUACAGCAAAGUGCUGUCCGUGCUUGUGUGGGUGCUCAUGCUUCUCCUCGCUGUCCCCAACAUCAUUCUGACAAACCAGAGUGUCAAGGAUGUCACUAACAUACAGUGCAUGGAACUCAAAAACGAGCUGGGGCGGAAGUGGCACAAGGCGUCUAACUAUGUCUUCGUGAGCAUUUUCUGGAUCGUGUUCCUUCUGCUGACCGUCUUCUACAUGGCCAUAACGAGGAAGAUCUUCAAGUCUCACCUCAAGUCCAGAAAGAAUUCCAUCUCCGUCAAAAGGAAGUCCAGCCGCAAUAUAUUCAGCAUUGUGCUCGUAUUUGUCGUCUGUUUCGUGCCUUACCACAUUGCCAGGAUCCCCUACACCAAGAGCCAGACGGAAGGACACUACAGCUGCCAGGCCAAGGAGACCCUGCUCUAUACGAAAGAAUUCACCCUGCUGCUCUCGGCUGCCAAUGUGUGUCUGGACCCCAUUAUCUAUUUCUUCUUAUGCCAGCCGUUUAGAGAAGUCUUGAAUAAGAAGUUAAGAAUGUCACUAACAGUCCAGAAUGACCUAGAGACUUCCAAAACCAGAAGGGGAAAUAUGAUUCAGGAAAGCACAGAUACUUUGUAAAUUCUCACCCCUUUCCAAGUAUUAUGGACCUUGUUACACGGUAAUUAAGAUGUAUGAAGUGAAAAGCAGGCCUGCGGCGGUAAAUACCUUAGCUAGCUAUAUUGUCCAAUAACAUGUAUAAAAGUCCAGAAAAGUAUAAUAAAAAUGAAAGGUAAGUUCCCAUGUAAAGUGAAAGUCUACAGCACGUCACAUCUUUUUAGAAAUCGAAUGGAGAAGUGGCAUGUGGGUGCUAGUCUGCGAGUUACCAAAACUAAACUCUCUCUUCUAUUAACGGGCUUCUUAGAAGACACCCACCCUUUCAGAAGUUCCUCCUGAGUAUCCUUCUAAGUAAUGCUCACCUCUGUUUCAUGCUUUGUUCUGUGUAUGUGCCAAUAAACAAGUUGUCUUUAAAACCA